AUGACAUCAGUUGAUAUUGAAGAAUGUGUACAAAGCAAGCGACUUCACCACUCAAAUGAGUAUCACUCAGUCUCAGAUGAAGAAAGGCUUGAUAUGCAGUGUGACCUAUUAAAAUGGUAUCAACUUGAAAAAAGAACAAACAUGCCUUGGAGAAAGCCGACAAACAAAGACUGGGAUACAGAAACAUUGGCUCAGAGAGCUUAUGAGGUUUGGGUGAGUGAGAUCAUGCUUCAACAGACACAAGUGGCUACAGUCAUAGAUUAUUACAACAAAUGGAUGGAGGCGUUUCCAACCAUAAGAGAUUUGGCUAGUGCAGAUAUCGAACAAGUAAACACGCUGUGGGCAGGACUUGGUUAUUAUUCACGAGCUAAGCGAUUAUGGGAGGGUGCAAAGAAGAUUGUCGAAAAGUUUAAUGGUAUCCUACCAAAUAAUGCACGAGAACUACAGCAAGAAGUUCCAGGUGUGGGAAGAUAUACGGCUGGCGCAAUCGCAUCUAUUGUCUACGGAGAGGCGACGCCUGUCGUGGAUGGAAAUGUCAUUCGAGUCUUGGCUAGAUGGCGAGCUAUUCAUGCAGAUCCUAAAAAGGCAAAGACGGUUGAGGAAAUAGCUGGAAGCAUUGUUCCUGACUCAAAUCCUGGUGAUUUCAAUCAAGCUAUGAUGGAACUGGGAGCUCGUGUUUGUGUUCCUCAAAAUCCAAACUGUGAUCAGUGUCCUAUUAAGAAACAUUGUCGAGCAUUAAAUCAAUUACAAGCAUACAAGAAUCUAGCAAAGCAUGGAUUUUUCAAUGAAAAGAAGAGAAAGCAUGUAUCCAUCAGCCACGAGUGCACAGUAUGUGAUGAAAUACAAUCUGAUCUUACCGAAGAUGAUGCUUAUGCAGUGACAAGAUACCCUUUAAAGGUAGAAAAGAAGCCACCGAGAGAUGAAGAAUGUGCAGUGAGUAUUGUAGAACGUAUCACUUCAAAAGAGCCUCUUUAUCUCAUAUCCAAGAGGCCAGAGACAGGCUUGCUGGCGGGCCUUUGGGAGUUUCCAAGUCUUGAACUAUCGUCUCUGAAUACAGAUUAUUUAGACAGAAGUAGACAAACAACAGAUUUUUUAAAGAAAAGAUACGGCAUUGAGCUUAAUGAUCCUAAAAGGCAUGAUUUGGGCAACGUUAUUCACUUGUUUUCUCAUAUCAGAAAGGUCUAUCACGUAGAGUGGAUACAGUACAAGUCAGAUGAGGCUUUCAUGGACACCGAGAGCGUUAAAUGGGUAACUCUGGCUGAACUUGAUAAUGCCGCUAUACCAACUGCUUUGAAGAAGGCUUUAAGACUUUUUGAGAAAUCCAAGGUAAAGAAACAAAACAGAAUUGAAUUACAAUUUACUUAUACUUAA